CUCCCCGCCCACCGCCCUCCCUCGGCUGGGCCCUGGUCCUUCGCUGGCCCUGCUGGCCGCCAUGGGCUCAGAGAUGGAGCCGCUGCUCCUGGCCUGGAGCUAUUUUAGGCGCAGGAAGUUCCAGCUCUGCGCCGAUCUGUGCACGCAGAUGCUGGAGAAGUCCCCUUAUGACCAGGUACCGGCCAGCCCCCGUCAGCCUGUGGAUCCCGGCGCUGAGGCUGAGGGCUCUGGGGAAUCCCGCGACCCCCGGGUGGGGAGUCCGGGGAGGAAGGCCCAGGCGAGGCUGACCGUACGGUCGGCAGAGGCACCCGGAAGCGAGACUUUAUGGAGCCGUGGCUGGCGGGUCCCUGCCCGCCGCAUCCCCGGGGAUCACGAGUUCUGUGCCAUGACCAGCCCCUCUGCAAACUUCAGCCUCUCUUUUCCUUUGAGUGUCCCAGAAUUAGAGCCCUGCAUUUUACUUUGCGGAGGAACUUUGGAGCCAGAUUCUGAAUUGCCAAUGUCUCAGGUAAAGAAAGGUUUAGCUGCAACCUGCCCUGGAACAUCUCUGAAACUCCCUGGAUCUAAUCAGACAGGAGGGCCUAGUCAAGCUGUCAGGCCAAUCACUCAAGCUGGCAGACCUAUUACAGGUUUCCUUAGGCCCAGUACACAGAGUGGAAGGCCAGGCACCAUGGAACAGGCCAUCAGAACACCCAGAACUGCCUACACAGCCCGUCCUAUCACCUCAUCUGGAAGAUAUGUCAGGCUGGGAACGGUAAAUUUUGUCCGCUUCCCUAUAACCUUGUAUUACAAAGUAACUUUGGGUUAUGUUACAUCAUUUUCCACUAUUAUUAUAGUGGAGAAUUAUAUGGGAGAUUUUUGA